AUGAGCAACGUUAUCAAGAAGGUUUUCAACACCGACAAGGCCGAGGCUGAGGGCUCGAAGGUCGCUGACGCUCCUCAGGAGGCUGGCCACAAGGGCGAGGGUUUCCUGCACGAUGCUAAGGACCGUCUGCAGGGCUUCGCCGGCCACGGUCACCACAAUGCCCAGAACGCCGCUUCGGGUGUCGCUGGCUCGGCUGGUGCCGGUGGUGCUCCCUCGGUUCCCUCUGCCAACGUUGACGUGACGAACCCUGUUAACGACGCCUCUGUGCAGGGUGGUGUUGAGGCCCCCCGCAGCUGGAGUACCCAGCUCCCUCAGUCGCAGUCGGUGGCUGACACCACUGGCGCUACUUCGGCUGGCCGCAACAACCUCACCCAGACCACUAGCACUGGCUCGGGUGUGAACGUUGCUGCUGGCAACGUUGACCAGGAUGUGCAGCACCUGGCUCCCGUCACUCGCCACGUGCACCACCGUCAUGAGAUUGAGGAGCUGCUGCGCGAGCGUGAGCACCACAUUCACCAGCACCACAUUCAGCACCACGUGCAGCCUGUGGUCGACUCUGAGCACCUCGCUGAGCAGAUUCACUCGCGUGUUGUGCCUCAGACCACUGUUCGCGAGGUGCACGCUAACACUGACAAGGACGCUGCCCUCAUGCGCGCCGUUGCUGGUAACCCCAAGGACACUUUCACUCAGGCUGCCAUUGACCGCAGCGUGAUCGACAAGGGUGAGACUGUCCGCGAGAUUGUGCACCACCACAUCCACAACAUUGUGCAGCCCAUCAUUGAGAAGGAGACUCACGAGUACCACCGCAUCCGCACUACUAUUCCUACCACUCACAUCACCCACGAGGCCCCUAUUGUGCACGAGUCGACUGCGCACCAGCCGAUCCGCAAGGAGGACUUCCUCAAGGGCGGCGGUGUCCUGACUAGCACUACUCGUUCGAUCGAGGAGGCUGGUCUGUUGAACCUCGGCAACAACCAGCGUACCGUGGAGGGCGAGACCUACACUGGUGGCCUGCCUCUCUCUCAGUAA